AUGAUUACGGCAAUCUUUAUUUAUGAUUCUAAAGGGGACAUAUUGAUAUCCAAAUUAUACAAAGAUGGCAUCAAACGGAAUAUAUCGGAUGUGUUUAGAAUUCAAGUGAUUAGUCAAACCUCAACCAAUCGAGCCAAAGAGUACCGAUCGCCUGUUUUAACUUUAGGUUCAACAUCAUUCAUAUAUAUCAAACUGGGGAAAAUUUGGAUUACUGCUGUUACUAGAUCGAAUCAAGAUUGUUCUUUGAUUAUGGAAUUUCUAUAUAAAUUGGAAGCACUAUUACGUACAGUAUUGGGACGAGAUAAAAAGAAACAAUUGGUGGAGUUAACUGAUAAUUAUAUAAUCAAUAAUUUCGCAUUAUGCUAUGAAAUAUUAAGUGAAGUGUGUGAAUUUGGAUUCCCGAUAAAUUUGGAUUUGAAUUAUUUAAAGAAGUAUAUUGAUGACAUAAAUGUUGAUGAUAGUAUUUUCAAGAUUUCUCCAUUGAAGAGAAGAUCAACAAUCAAUCCAUUGUUAGGUAAAAGUGGUACCACUGGAACCACCAAUACUACCAGUAAUAAUAGCAGCAAUAGCUCGUUCAGAAAAUCAUCGGCAGAGGAAAACAUUACAUGGAGAUCAUCAGGAAUUAAGUAUCGACGCAACGAAAUUUUCCUUAAUGUCACUGAACGGGUUAACGUGUUGAUGAAUUCACAAUCCGAUGUUUUGAAUGCAUACGUUGAUGGUUCAAUACAAAUGAAAACACAUUUAUCGGGGAUGCCAUUAUGUAGGUUUGGAUUCAACGAUAAUACUAUUUUGCUUUCCAACGAUGAACCACGAGAUGGCGCCGUCACUCUUGAAGAUUCAAAGUUCCAUCAGUGUGUUCAAUUGAAUGUUUUUGAAACUGAAAGGGCGAUACAAUUUGUCCCACCUGAUGGUGAAUUCCAAUUAAUGAGUUAUAAUUGUAAUCUGAACAUCAAUGUUCCUUUUAAAGUAUAUCCACAAGUUCAAGAAAUUGGUCGAAGCAAAUUAAUGUACAAGAUUCGAAUCAAAUCCUUUUUCCCUGAAAAAUUACCUGCUACAAAUGUUUCAUUAAAAAUUCCUACACCGAGAGGAGGAACAUUACUUUCCAACCUUUCUAGCUCGAUAGGUAAAACAAAAUUUCAUCCUGAGGACAAUCUGAUUUCUUGGAAAUGUAACAAGUUUUUCGGGGAACAAGAACAUGUUCUUACUGCUGAAAUCGAAACUGAUCUGAGUUCAGACGAAUUAUUAUAUUGGACUCGACCUCCUAUAAAGUUAGAUUUCUUUUUGGAUAUGUUUUCCAGCUCUGGCUUAACAGUAAAGUUUUUAAGAGUUCAAGAGAAAAACAAUUAUAGAACAGUGAAAUGGGUUAAAUAUGGCACUCAAUCUGGAUCCUAUGAAAUAAGGUAUUGA